CCCGCAUCAGGCUGACAACUAUUCAACAUGGAGACAACAGUUGAAAAGCUUGAGGCGAUGUUCCUCAAGUCAGAGGCAGACCUGGAAUAUAUCGAGAAGCGGCUGAAGCUAGACUUCAUCAACAACGCUGCAGAGAAUGGAUGUCCUGCUGAGGAAAACCCUGCAGUGAUGCUGGAAAACCUGAGGGCCAUCAAGGCCAAACACACAGCACUAUGCUCUCAGGUGAAGGAGAUUGCAGCUGCACAGAAAGAAUCCAUGGAGUCCAUCAGAAACAGCCUGAGCAGUGCCCUGGAGCUGGUCCAACACUUCCAACAGACCACUGAUGUGGAGGUUGAGCCACCGACGGAGUCAGAGCAGGAGUCAGCCGAGCUCCUGGGUUCAGCUGCCAGUGACACCACCACAGAGGGGCCUCCUGCUGCAGCAGCAUCUGACCACCAGCAGCCAAUCAGCUGUGAGUAUGAGCAGCUGAGUGAAGCCACGCUGGAGGCGGUUCCUCUCAGCGUACGCACUAACGUGAAGCUGGCCGACCUCAACUUGUUCUACCAGCAGCUGCAGCAGCACAUCAGCAAAGACAGCGGCCCUCUCAGCGUGCAGAAGAUGAAGCAGUUGAAGAUGAAGGUGAGCGACUCAAAGCUGAAGGUUCUGCAGCACCUGUCUUUAGUGGAGGUGGACAGGAAAGGACACAUUCGUCUUGCCAUGUGAGGAGAAGUGUUACACAGAGACAGUGGGAGUGGGAGUGGGAGUGGGAGUGGGAAGGUGCUGUCACUGCUCCUCCCUCUCUACCAGGAGGACAGAGGCUGAUAUACUGAAGGAUCAGACUGCAGUGGCUUUGGGGGGUUCAACAAGACCAGAUGAACCUGGUCCAAAAGCUGUUGCAGUAUAUUCUCUGACCCGAUAUUUCCCGAGGAAUAAAACAACAUGAACUGAAACACAGCUAUUGGCCCGAUACCCAUUUCCCACAAAAGUUAGCACAUGCACGCUGGUGUUUGAAACACAGGUAAACCCACUACAAAAGGCUAUAGACUGCUUUCCAUUGCCAGUAGAGCAGAGCUGUGUACCUGGCUCUACAGCAGGCGAGUGUGCCUUUUGUGUGUGUGUGUUGGUUGUUUUGGUAUGUCACGUUCUAUGUCACAGACAGACUGAAGAACAGCUAAAUAGUUGACAGCAGCACAAACAUGAUGUGUGUGAAAGUUUUAAGGUGGUCCCUUCUCUAUAGAUCUCUUACUUAUUUAGGUUAUUUUUUUUUUUCAGCUCAGCGCAGACUAAUUUGGAUCAAUGUUUGAGCUGCUUAGGCAAAACCGGACAGUAUUUUGUGAUGGUGCAUUAUUGCAUCUCACCAGUAAGCAGGCUAAAAUUAGCUCAUUCAUCCGAGUCUUUUGUUUCCAUCAAUAGUGACUGAAGCCAGAGGCAACAAAAACCUGUGUCUACUGCAGUCAUUUGUCCCAGAUGUGAAUGCAGAUUGUACAGUUUCCCAUUGCAUUGAAACUUCAGAUGUUAAGAGGUUUUUGUGCCGUGGAAAUGAGGCUUAAGUGCUAUCAGAAUUUCUCCUACAGCUGAUAACACACAAUGGUAGAACAGUCACAUCACUCUUGUGAUGAAUGCAUGGACGUCUGCUCUUGUCGUUCUUGAUAAAUGUCUUCAUAUAUCUGCAUGAGUGAUGCUGAUAUGCUGACAGGCUGACUGUCAGAGCUUCUGUCAUAAAGAUGGAGCUCAGUAUUGAUGACACAACAGGCUUUGGCUAACAGUUUCUAACAGUCAUAUAUUCACCAUCACAUCUAGGGACCAAUCAGUGACAAUAAAAGCCUGAACAUUUAAUGUCAGAAGAAAAUGUCUAAGAUGAUGGGGGGGGGGUCAGAUGGUGUCUUUUGUAUAUUUUUAUUUCCUUCAACAGCACAAUGUGAAAUAAAAUCCCUUGUACAUU